CGCCCCUGCGGCCACCUCUUCCUUUCCCGGCCUUGUCGCCGCCGAAGUUGGACUUGCUGCGCUCGUCGCCUCUCCCGCCGCUCCUGCAGCGCCAUAUCGCGACCACCGGCCGGGCCCCGAGUAGAUCUCAGACCAAGAUGCGCUACGUGGCUGCCUACCUUCUGGCCGUCCUUGGCGGCAAUGAUUCACCCAAUUCCAAGGACCUGAAAAAGAUCCUGGACAGCGUGGGCAUCGAGACUGACGAGGAACGGCUGAAGAAGGUUAUCAGUGAGCUGAGCGGCAAGAACAUAGAAGAUGUGAUUGCUCAGGGGAGCAGUAAGUUGGCAUCCAUGCCCGCCGGUGGUGCUGUCCCUGUGGCUGCUAGUGCAGGUUCUGCUGCCCCCGCUGCUGGUGGUGCUGCUCCUGCUGCUGCAGAGGAGAAGAAAGAAGAGAAGAAGGAGGAGUCAGACGAGUCGGAUGAUGACAUGGGCUUCGGGCUCUUUGACUGAGCAUCCACCCCUGAUCCCAGAGCAAAUAAACCUUUUAUUUAAGAAA